CCAGCUUCUGGGCGCUUUGUGAGUCGAAGGCCAGUCCCGCUCACGGCCAGGAUCCCUCCCGAGGGAUUCCGUGAGCCCCUAGGCCCACAAUGAACGAAGUGAAAGAGUCCCUCCGCAGCAUCAAGCAGAAGUUCAAGCUCUUCCAGCAGCAGCAGUUCACCUUCAUCUCAGCUCUAGAGCACUGCAGGGAGAAUGCCCAUGACAAGAUCCGGCCCAUCGCCAGCAUUGGACAGGUGCAGAGCUACAUGGAACACUACUGUAACAACUCCACAGACCGGCGCAUACUGCUCAUGUUCCUGGACAUCUGCUCAGAUCUGAACAAGCUCUGCCAGCACUUUGAGGCCCUGCACUCUGGCACUCCCAUCACCAACAACCUUCUGGAGAAAUGCAAAACCCUGGUUAGCCAAAGCAACGACUUGAGCAGCCUCAGAGCAAAGUACCCACACGACAUGGUGAACCACCUCAGCUGUGAUGAGGCCAGGAACCACUACGGAGGUGUGGUCAGCCUCAUCCCCAUAGCCCUGGACCUAAUGGAAGAGUGGAUUGCCCAUUCCGAGAAGCUACCUCGAAAAGUUCUACAGCAUGGGAUGACUUAGCUUCUGUACUGUUGCUUCCUGGGGGGAGACAAUCAAGAAUAAAGUGUUCUACCACC